GCCUUCGCCCGCUUCCGGUCGUCGUCGUCGUCGCCGCUGCUGCCGCUGCUGCCGCUGCUGCUGCUGCUGCUACUGCUGCUGCUGAGGCUGCUGGCGGAGGCCGGAGGAACGGGCGGCGGCGGCGGCGGCGGCUGAGAGGGCGGCGGCGGGAGCGGAGCGGGACAAGGGAACGAGAGGAAGCGAGCGAGGAGCGAGCGGAGCGCGCCGAGCUCCGCCCGCCCUUCCGCCCGCCGGAGCAGCCGAAGCAGCCCGGGCCCCCAGCCGCCGCCGCCGCCCGCCCGCCCGCCUGCCCACCCGCCGGACAAAGCCCGAGAGCCCGCGUCCAGAGCCAUGUCCUCGUCCGCCGGCAACGGCCACCAGCCCAGCCAGAGCCGCGCCAUCCCCACCCGCACCGUGCCCAUCAGCGACGCCGCGCAGCUACCUCAUGACUAUUGCACCACGCCCGGGGGGACGCUCUUCUCCACCACGCCGGGAGGAACUCGAAUCAUUUAUGAUCGAAAGUUUCUGUUGGAUCGUCGCAACUCUCCCAUGGCUCAGACCCCGCCCUGCCACCUGCCCAAUAUCCCAGGAGUCACCAGCCCCGGCACCUUAAUUGAAGACUCCAAAAUAGAAGUAAACAAUUUGAACAACUUGAACAAUCAUGACAGGAAGCAUGCAGUUGGAGAUGAUGCUCAGUUUGAGAUGGACAUCUGACUGUCCUGCGAGGAUCAGAAGAAAAGCGGCAACACUGAGACAUGUGAAAUCCUGUUGACACAUUUUGGGCAUCUUGCCUGGUGAGGAAGAUGGGCAAAGGCAGUUGGCCACUUCAUGUGUCAGUUCCUCUCAACAUUUACGGAGCACUUUGUCCAUCUGGCCCUGUAUGUGCCAGGAGGUGAUGUGUCCCUUCCCUAAGGAGCUUGGAAGUGAACACGUACAUGCUGGGGCUGGAUGCACCCAAGAAGGCCCUUCUUUAGGUACCAGCCUGGAGGAAGCCCAGACAACAGCUUUCCUGACGAGGGCUGCCUCUGCCUCUCAGGAGCACUUGUUAGAAAUCCAUCAUAUCUGAUGUCUGAAAAUAAACUAGACUCUGCUG